AUUCGUGGACUGACGCGCCAUGUUCCGGCGCCAAAACUUCGUAGCAAUCGGUAAAAUGAACGCGCCGACAAUACUGUCCACUACGCUCCAGUUCCGAAUUUAAAUUACGUUUUUUUAAUAGUGAUUAGUUUUUUUUUGUAAUAGCUAUGAGUGGGAAUCCUAAGACCGAUGGAGACAGAUUAAGUUUCAUUCCAGAACCGAACGUCGCGGAAACCUAUGAAAUGAUACCACACAAUUCAAAGAGUAAAGAAUCAAGUUCGAAAUAUGACCAGUUGUUUCCUGAGAUUGAGGAGGUCUUGGGUCCGAGUCCGACCUUCAGGCCUUGUACCCUCGUCUGGAGGGACCUCACAGUUCACACCAAGCUCAAGGAUGGAAAAUUGAAGAGGCUUGUCAACAAUGUCAGUGGGAUCGCAAAACCGGGAACAAUGACUGCGUUAAUGGGACCGAGUGGAGCUGGCAAAACCACAUUGAUGUCGGCGCUUGCACACCGAAGUCCGGUGGAUACGGUAGUCGAUGGUGAUGUCGCCAUGAAUGGGACGCCACUGGGAGAGUUCAUGCACCAGGAAAGCGGUUACAUGCAUCAAGAUGACCUGUUUGUGGACAAUCUUACUGUUAUGGAACAUCUUACUAUCAUGGCCAGGCUCCGUAUGGACGCACGCACAUCUUCCUUGGCUCGCAAGAGACGAGUGAAUCAGCUUUUGCGUCAGCUCUCACUGUACGGGUCCAGGUUCACGCUGAUUGGAGGUCUGGAUGGAAGAAAAACCUUGUCUGGAGGAGAAAGGAAGAGGCUAGCCUUCGCCACAGAACUUCUAACAGACCCUGGACUUCUCUUCUGCGAUGAACCAACAACGGGUCUGGAUUCCUCUUCAGCACACCAAAUGAUGACCCUCCUUCGAGCCAGUGCUGUACAGGGCAAGACCGUCAUCUGUACCAUUCAUCAGCCAAAUACGGAGCUGAUGGCACAGUUUGAUAAGCUGGUCCUCCUAGCUGAAGGACGAGUGGCGUUUGCUGGUACAGCCACGCAGGCCUUAGGUUUCUUUAAAAGUCUCGGCUACCAAUGCCCCCUCAUGUACAACCCUACAGACUACUUCAUCAAAGUGCUGUCUCUAACUCCUGGUUCAGAGUCAGCUUCACGCCAAGCUAUCAAAAAUGUCUGCGAUAGAUUCGCAGUCAGCGACGAAGCCAAAGAACUUGACAUGGAAAUACAAUAUGAAUUCCAUAUGAUGGAUAACGAAGAUUCUACACGAUCCUUUGCUGUAGAACCUCAUGAUACCUUCGUAGCCCCAUUCUUCCUCACCAAGUUGUGGUGGUUAAUAUACAGAUAUCUACUAAUUGUAAUCAGAGAUCCACGAGUACAAUUCGUGAGAAUACUACAGAAAUUGGCUAUAGCCCUAACAGCAGGUCUCUGCUUCAUGGGCACCGCCCGGCUGACCCAGUCUGGUAUCCAAGAUGUCCAGGGUGCCCUCUUCAUCAUCAUAGCAGAAAAUACCUUCAGCCCCAUGUACUCAGUCCUCCACAUGUUUCCUGAGGAGUUCCCGCUACUUAACAGGGAGCUGAAGGCUGGAUUGUACUCAGCACCGGUUUAUUAUACUGCGAGGAUGGUGGCUUUGUUGCCAGGCUUGCUGGUAGAACCGACCCUGUUCACGCUAGUGGUGUACUGGAUCGCAGGACUGCGAGGGUCCCUGUACGCGUUCAGCUUCACCGUCUUCUUGGCGAUACUAGUGCUGAAUGUAGCCAUCGCUUGCGGAUCAUUCUUCUCAUGUGCGUUCGGUUCGAUGCCAGUAGCGAUAGCGUACCUGGUACCCUUCGACUACGCUCUCAUGAUGACCUCUGGGCUCUUCAUUAAAUUAAGUUCAAUGCCAAAAUACGUAUCCUGGAUUCGCCACCUCUCCUGGCUGAUGUACUCGAACGAAGCCAUGAGCAUAUUGCAGUGGGAUGGAGUACAAAAUAUAACUUGUAUUUCCAGUGAAGCUGGGAUGCCGUGCCUGAGCACCGGUGAAGAGGUCCUGACAACUUACGACUUCCAAAGCAGUAAUCUAUGGAUGGAUGUCCUGGCUCUCUUCAUUCUGUACCUCGCAUUCCACAGCCUAGCCGUUCUAGCCCUAAGACAUAGAACUAGAAGAAAAUAAAUUGCAUUAUUUGACUAAUUACUUUUGGUAUGGUGUCUAUUAUGAUAGAAAUGUAUUCAGCCAGAUGUAAAUAAUUAAAAUAAAGAUUUUAUUGUAUUGA